AUGGAUCCUUCUCUUUCAAAUUCCGUUUAUAAAAUUGAAUCUGAAUUCAAUAGAUUUAAGGGAGAAGUUGAAAGGAUGUUCAACGAUAUUGCCGUUAAAUCUCUCAAUAUUCAAAAAAAAGCCUUUAAUUGUUGUGCUUCAUGUAUAGAAGAUAAAGAAAAGAUUAAAGAUUAUUCAAAUAUAUCAAUAGAGUCGAUUCAAAAGUGUAUUCAAAAUUGCCAAAAAAUACCAGAAUCACUUGAAAAUAAGAUUAAUAAUGAAAUGGGAACAUUAAAUGAGAGUGUUAAUGCAUGCCAAAAAUCUUGUUAUCAUCGUCUAGAAGAUCUUCUUAAAAUUAUUAUAUUUUUUAGAUUCAAAAUGAAUGAAUUUGUUUUGAUAGGUAACUGUCUUUUAAGCAGUGAAUUAUUUAAUAUUUGUAAUGGCAAAUAUAUAACAAAAUUUCCAUUUAUAAUCUCUAUUGAUAUUAAACAAUAUGAAUCUGAUACAAGCUUAUUAAAAAACUUUUUUAUACCAGAAUGUAUUAUAAAUAGUAAAAUCAGUCCAAAUAGUUUUAAAGACUCCACACAAAAUUUCCAGAAGCUUCUUAAAUCUCCAAUAUUAUUAACUAUAUCAAUGUUCACUUUUAUUAAAAAUAAUGAAAUUUGUAAUCAAGUAAACAGUCCACUAUUAUUUAUGUUGGUAAAUAAUUCUAUGAAUAAAAAUACAUGGUAA